GACACAGGCAGAAAUGGCCCACACGUGUCGCGGCACCAUCAACCUGUCCACGGCUCAUAUCGAUACGGAGGACUCUUGUAACAUCGUGCUUUCCAACGGGGGAAGGACCUACCACUUAAAGGCGAACUCGGAAGUGGAGAGGCAGCGCUGGGUCACGGCCCUGGAGCUGGCCAAAGCGAAAGCCAUCCGCAUGAGGAACAACCAGUCAGAUGACUCGGGCGACGAGGAGCCCGCCUCGCAGUCAGACAAGAGCGAGCUGCACGGCACGUUGAAAACCCUCUCGAGUAAGCUGGAGGAUCUGAGCACUUGCAAUGACCUGAUCGCGAAGCACGGGGCGGCCCUGCAGCGCUCGCUCAGCGAGCUGGAGAACCUGAAGCUGCCGGCUGAGAGCGGCGAGAAGAUCAAGGCGGUGAACGAACGAGCCACGCUCUUCCGCAUCACCUCCAAUGCUAUGAUCAACGCUUGCCGUGAUUUCCUGGACUUAGCCGAAACUCACAGCCGAAAAUGGCAGCGGGCGCUGCAGUAUGAACGGGAGCAGAGGAUCCGGCUGGAGGAGACCAUCGAGCAGUUAGCCAAGCAGCACAACAGCUUGGAGCGAGCCUGCCGCGGAGCUCCCGGCCUGUCCUCCAGCAGCACCGGCAUCACCAGCACCACCAAGGGGAGUGUGCAGUCUGCCAAGGGAGAGGCCAGUGAUGAAGAUGAAGAGACGGAGUAUUUUGAUGCCAUGGAGGAUGCACCAGCUUUUAUCACUGUAACCGCAGACCCCAAGCACCACAGGCGUUCGGGCAGUAACCUGAGUGGGGCCAGCGAGGGCCACCCCGAGGACUGGAACCUGGAGGACAAUCUCCUGCCAAAGAAAAGGAGACGGACUCGCAUCCCCGACAAACCCAACUACAGCCUUAACCUCUGGAGCAUCAUGAAGAACUGCAUUGGCAAAGAGCUCUCCAAGAUCCCCAUGCCCGUAAACUUCAACGAGCCGCUCUCCAUGCUGCAGAGGCUGACGGAGGACCUGGAGUACCACGAGCUGCUGGACAAAGCGGUCAAGUGCGAGAGCUCCACGGAGCAGAUGUGCUUCGUCGCCGCAUUCUCGGUGUCUUCCUACUCGACGACUGUCCACCGCACCGCAAAGCCAUUCAACCCACUGCUGGGGGAAACCUAUGAGCUUGACCGGCUGGAGGAGUUUGGCUUCCGUUCCCUGUGCGAGCAGGUGAGCCACCACCCCCCGGCAGCCGCCCAUCACGUCUACUCCAAGCGAGGGUGGACGUUGUGGCAGGAAAUCACGAUCGCCAGCAAGUUCAGGGGCAAAUACCUCUCCAUCAUGCCACUGGGCGCCAUCCACCUCGAGUUUCACUCCAGCGGGAAUCACUACGUCUGGAGGAAAGUCACCUCCACUGUUCACAACAUCAUCGUGGGCAAGCUCUGGAUUGACCAGUCUGGUGAAAUAGAGAUUGUUAACCAUAAGUCAAAAGAUAAAUGCCAGCUGAAAUUUACCCCCUACAGCUACUUCUCCAGAGACGUCCCCCGAAAGGUGACAGGGGUGGUGAGUGACGCUGACGGUAAAGCCCAUUACGUCAUGUCCGGCACGUGGGACGAGAAGAUGGAGUGCUCCAAGAUAGUCCAGAGCAGCCACGGCAGCACCAGCACGGAGGGCAAGCAGAAAACCGUCUACCAGACGCUGUCUCCAAAGGUCCUGUGGAAGAAGUACCCCCUCCCGGAGAACGCCGAGAACAUGUAUUUCUUCUCUGACCUGGCCCUCACCCUGAACGAGCCCGAGGAGCGAGUGGCCCCCACGGACAGCCGGCUGAGACCCGACCAGCGGCUGAUGGAGAACGGCCGCUGGGACGAGGCCAACGUGGAGAAGCAGCGGCUGGAGGAGAAGCAGCGAGCCGUGCGCCGGAGGCGAGAGGCCGAGGCCGUGGAAGCCCUGGAGGAAGGCAAGGACUACGAAGGCUACAUCCCACUGUGGUUUGAGCGCAAGGUGGAUGCCGUGACGGGGGAGCUGAUCUGCGUCUAUAAGGGCGGCUACUGGGAGGCCAAGGACAAGCAGGACUGGAGUACGUGCCCCGACAUCUUCUGAGCCGCUCCGCUCGCGCCGGGGUGGCCGGCCUCGCGCCUCAGUUCACCAGGACAGACAGAGGGACAGUGAGGACACGCUGGCAGCGUCCCGCCGGCGGUUAACAGUUAACAUACACAGAGUCAAUACACGCAGAAAUUUGAAAAGAAAAACUAAACAGGGAUUCCAAACCUAUUUUUUUACGCACUAAUAAAUAGCAUCCUUUUUUUUUUU